CGGAGUUUAUAUGAGAUUGAGCACCAAAGGGAUUUUUUUCCUGGGGCCGUGAUUACGAACGGUCUCAAGUCUGAGUCUGGACUCACACUCACUUAUUACAGACUCUAUUUUUUAACGGUGUUUACAAAGAGACUCAGACUCAGACUCUGACUCAAAUCAUUGAGACUGAGUCUGAAAACGUGAGUCUACUACGUAGCUGUCUCACGUGAAGUAAAUCUCAACUGUCAUGGCGGACAGACAACUUGACAGAUAUUACCGGUAUCGUAGAUUUAGGUUGCCUCGUCGACCGCGUGUAUUUACCGACAGAAACAACCCUUUAGAGAUUUUAGAUGUAGAGAGUGUCCGGAAAAGAUAUAGAUUUUUUCCGGACUCAAUCAUGAUAUUAGUUGGAAUCGUGGAGCCAACGAUCGGUACAGCGACGAUGAGGAGCAACCCGCGCCCCCCUCUCCUGACGGUAUUGUGCUGCCUUCAGUUUUUUGCAACCGGAGCGCAUCACAUCGUAAUUGCACAGGCUCAUGGCGUGUCCAGGUCGGCUGUCGGCAAGGCAAUUCAUGCCGUAUCUGUUAUCCUUGCAGGACUGUUAAACAGAUACGUUAAAUUUCCAACGGGGUUGGAAAUUGAAAGUGUAAAACGAAAGUUUUACAGUGUCGCCGGUUUCCCAAAUGUAGUUGGAGCAGUUGAUGGCACUCAUGUCAAGAUACAGGCACCACCAGACAACGAGGCAGAUUAUGUGAAUAGAAAGGGCUAUCAUUCCCUGAAUGUACAGAUGGUAUGUGAUGCAAAUUACAGGAUAACUGAUGUUAUUGCUAAAUGGCCGGGAUCUGUGCAUGACAGUCGAAUGUUCUCGGAGGGGAUCUUGUGCCAGAAGUUGGAGACUGGACAAAUUGAUGGACUGCUGCUUGGGGACAGUGGGUACCCAUGUCGAAAAUACCUCAUGACGCCCUAUGCGAAUCCUAGAAAUCUGUCGGAGGAAAGAUUCAACACAGCUUUGUGCCGCACCAGAGUGCUCAUAGAACAAACAUUUGGAAUGCUGAAGAGGCGCUUCGCAGUACUGAAAUACGGAAUAAGAAUGACACCAGACAGAGCGGCUGUUUAUGUUGCCUCAUGUGCAAUGUUGCACAACUUUGGUUUUGAGUAUGGAGAUGUGUAUGGACGCCAAACAUACGAGGAUGAUGACAUGCCACAAGUGGACAACCAAGGUGUUGAUGUUAAUGGGCGGACCCAAAGGGAUUAUAUUACCCAAAGGCACUUUGCUGUUUGAACAAUAACCCUGUCAAUCAUUUGUCAUUGUUGUACGUGUAUAUUUUCAUAUUUCAGUUAAACAGUUACUAACUAUUUAAGAAAUAAGCAGAAAACAUCUAAUUUUUAUAAACUUAAAUAUAAGAUUCUGCGAUCUAAUUUUUGUCAGCAUUCUUACAUAACUUGUUUCCAUGGAUUUUCAAAAAUUGGCUCGUUACAAGAUAAAAAAUAAUAGUUUUCAAAACGUUCAAUCUGUGAGAGUGCAGCUUUAAUAUCUUUGAUAAUACCAAUUAUUGAAUGUAAUAUGCAAGGCUACUUAACAGGGAUAUGCAUUGAAGACAACAGGUUCCUUUAAGACAUUAACUGGCUAUAUUUAUCUAUAGAUGAAUUGAAAAAAAACAAAAAACUUUUAUACUUUAUGUAGCUGUAAGUCCAUGUUUAACAUGUUUAACAAUAGGAGAAACUACAUAAAACAUGUGCUAUACAUUUAAUGGCAAAAGUGUAAGUUGUGGAUAUCACUUUGAAAAUCUGUCAACGAUUGUAUUUCUUAUUCAUUAACACAUAAAUAAAUGUCAGUUUAACAAACAAUUCAUUAUAACUAUGUAACUUUACCAAAUGGAAGACUGAUAAUAACACAACAUUAACAAUCAGAUAUUACAGUAAAGUGAGGUUCCAUAAUGAAAUGAAAUGAAAAACAAUAUUAUACAAUUAUGUUAUCUGAAUUGUUACAGAUUGUUUUUGAUUUUUUAUGCUCUUUUGCAAUAGUUUAUAAGCAAUAAGGGAUAUUUUCAACUUCAUUUAAACAGUAACAUUCAGUUUCAUGGUGUGUAUUGAGUAAAGAAUGUAUACUGUUUAUGUCAUAUCACAAUUCUGUUAUUGAUUUGUAAAAGAUAUUGACCAGCAUUAUUUCUCAUCUUUGUUUUUGUAUUAAAUGGUUUGCUUAACACAAUAUUGAUUUUAUCAAAAUUUGCUCUGCUCACUUUUAAUGUAACAGUAAUUUUGCACAUUUUGUUCAUCAUAAUGCAUGAGUGUAAUUCUUUCUGAAACUGUUGCAUGAGUCCACUGGGUCAAAUUUACACAAUUUUUCAUCAGUUGUUUUUGAGUUGUAUUGAACAAAGUAAAACUUCAUGAAAUUAUUGUAAGAUAUGAUAUAUCAACAGUAAUACCCCAUAUAAUACCAAUGACUAAAAUAACCUAGACAUUCAAGUUGAAACAAUAAAUGUAUUACAAUUUAAUAAAUAAAUGUAGACUUAUUCCUAUUACACAAAUAAGAUUUUUUGAUUGUAAAUACUUUCCAUCAAAAUGAUUUUAGAUACAUCAUCAGAGAAAAUACUUCUACAUACUUAAUAAUAAAGGAUAAUUUCCAUCUCAAUAACACAUGUUGUAUAUGUUGAAGAACAAAUGAGUAGCUCAAAUUGAUAUUAUGGUAAAUGAUUGGUGAAUGCUAAAAUAUUUACUAUGGUCUACUUAAGUCUUAGUAUGAAGAAAUAACUUGUUAAAUGAAAAUGAUUUUAGAUACAUCAUCAGAGAAAAUACUUCUACAUACUUAAUAAUAAAGGAUAAUUUCCAUCUCAAUAACACAUGUUGUAUAUGUUGAAGAACAAAUGAGUAGCUUGUUAAAUGUUUCAUUUCUUUCAAAUUAAACUCAGUAUCUUUCAUUAAAUAAAUUAUUUUAGACAUCUAUUCAUCCUUUUUGGAAUAUUAAAACAAUAUCAUGGAGUGUGGUAAAUAUUAUCUAGGAGUAAGAGUGGAUCUUUAAAGCUGCACUGUCACAGUUUGAACAAGUUUUUUUUAUUUUUUAUCUUGGAACGAGCCAAUUUUUGUGAAAAUCCAAGGGAACCAGUUAUGUGAGAUUCAUGACAAAAAUUAGUUCCCAUAUUUUUAUAAUCAAGU